AGCAAAAGCUAACAGAUAAUAUCUUGUGUUAAACAAAUGAGAUUUUGUUGAAUUUGUUAAGCUAUUUCCUUAAAGUAAUAAAUCAGGAAUUGAUCAUCAUUCACCCUUUACUCUUUAUCUUUAUAUUUGAGAACUUUAAAUGCUUAAAUUGUAGUAUUUAUGCAGAUAAUAUUACAUUAAUACUUUCUCCACCUUUAUAACUUAAAUAUGCUUUUUGCUGUUUGUUGCUGGAUGUGUUUAUGUACAGUUAUGUACUUACUGCUGACAACCACAAGAGGGCAGCAGUCAGUCAGUACUGAGAAGACGUUAAUGGCUCUCAGUGAAUUGUAGAAUAAUUUUCACUGCAUAGACAGCACAUGAUCCACUUUAUUCCAUGAAUCUAAAAAAAUAAUAGAUUAAAACCACCUGUCUAAUAUUGUGUAGGUCCCUCUCUGACCCAUCAGGGCAUGGACAUGAGACCUCUGGGGGUGUCCUGUGGUGUCUGGCACUGGGACAUUGGCAGUGGAUCCUUUGGGUACUGUGGGUUGUGGGGUGGGGGGUCUCCAUGAAUCUGUCUUGUUGCUGAUCAUCCCACAGAUGCUGGAUACGAUUGUGGUCUGAGGAGUUUGGAGGCCAGGUCAACACCUUUGGCUCUUUGUCGUGUUCUGAGCAGUUUUUGUGUUGUGAUGGGAGUACUGUCCUGCUGGGGGAGGCACCUGCCAUUGAGGAGUGCCGUUGCCAUGGGGGUGGUUGUGGUUGGUCUCAUCUUUCAUAAUCAUUUCUAUUAAAAUUUCACAAUCAGUUUGGGUUUUAAGAAAGUCAACACAAAAGGCACUUAAAGAGUAAGUACCCCCUCAACUUCUGCUUGGACCCUCUUGGUGGCUGUUUAGUCAGGUUUCCAUCCAAAUUCAGUGUAUAUUUCAUUAUACAGAAGAUAAACAGCUGGUGUUGAUCAGGUCCCAUUAAAACUGGUACAGAAGAAGGUGCAACAAAACGAUGCAGUUAAAAAAGCACUGGCCAAGUUUGAACUGGUGGAAAGCGAUGUAGAAAAUAUGAUGGAAAUAUGACAUCUAUGUUUGUUACAUCUCGUCAGUGAAGAAGCUUAGUAUAAACUUCAGUGGAUGUUUAAAUCCCAUUCUUCAUGUUCAUCAUGACUUUAUAUGUAAGUCAGUUUCCAUUGCACUUUGUCAUGUGUUGCUUUUUCCCCCGUCUUAGACGACCAUAAAAACUUUAAAAAUAAUAUUUUCAAGAUUUUUUUUUUUUUUUUUAACAAUUUACGAUGUUUCCACUCUGGGUUUUUUAUGCACACGAAAAUGCACAUAAAAACAGGUGGUGGUGCCUGUAGACGUUAUCUCAUCUCCCCUCGCUCUCCUUUGGCCUCAAGACUGAGUGGCCUGUUUCUCUCUUUUCUCUUCGCUCCCUCUCUUCCCCAUCUCUCUCUCUCUCUCUCUCUCUCUCCCCCUCUCCCCCUCCAGCUGCUGGCUCAGAGGGACGGGUGUAGAGCAGAGCAGCGUUCCUCCCGAUUUGCUUUUUCAGUCUCUCGUGGCUCAAAUCCCGCUGACUCACUAAUGGCUUAAGCCCUCAGAAAUCCGGAAUGCUCAAGUUCCAGAACACCUGGGUUCUGGGACGCCUGAAAUUCUGGAAUACGGGAAUACUAUAAGACGUUAUGUUUUGGGCAACUGGGAAGAGUUAAUUUUAACUUUUGAUGGAGUUUUAAAAUUUGUUGGAAAUUACCAGAUCAGUUGCCUUAAUUUUCUGGAACCGUGGGAGGAUUUACUACCUUGUGAAUUAUUUCCUUUGGAAUUACUUUUGGAUGAAAGAAAAUUUCUUUGUUAGCAUGGAAAUAAUUCCAAGAAAACAGCAAGAGAAAAGCCUCCUUUUUCUCUUUUUUACUCCUUAAUUUUGGGAUUUAUCUUUGAAGUGGAAGUGAAUAUGCUUCCAGAACAAAAAAGAGGAGACUAAUUCAAAAGUAGAUGUGUAUGUGUGCAUCUGUAUGAUUAAAGACAUUAAGAAAGUGUGUACUAUAUGUAUGUCUGUGUUUGUUUGUGGCCAUGCUGGAGGAAAAGAAGGCCGGGAGUUCUCAGCAACAAAGCUUAGUGGACACAGGCCACCCAAAGGUGUCAAAGACCAGCAACAGAACCCGUAACUGGGCUGUCAGAAAAACCAACAACCACAUCCCAAACAACAGCAACGCUGUCGACCCUGCACGCCGCUUUGCGUUGCUGUUGGAGCAUUGCGCCCACUCUCCUGCUCCAGGGCCCCUAACGAGCCCCCUACUUGGAGGGCUCACAGGGAGCCCCCUUCUGAUUGGACAGCAGGCUGCAUCCUUGCGGUUGGCUCAGCUGAAAGCCCAGCUAGCGCUGACACAGAUAAACAACGCCCUCACUGUUGGCAGUCGAGCCGCAAACUUGACAGCUAACUCCAACACACCUGCUUCCUACAUAUCCACAACACCCCCCUCCCCGACUGCUGCAGCCAUCAAUCUCCUUAACCUUCUGAAGAUUGCCAACACCAUGUCUCAUCACUUAUAUAAUCCCUAUGCCUCUGGGAACCAAACUUCCUCCCAGGGGCAAUAUGGACUCUCAGGUAUGCAAGCAGAGAGGGACCCUCGGAGGGCAUCUCCUCGCCUUGGACCUGGGUCCAGCUUCAGCUCUUCUGGAGCUUCUUCUGUGACACCUGGCAACUCGGGGGGAAAGAUCCCACCGCUCCUGUCUCAGUCAGUGAGCUACAGACCUGAAGUGGACGACGACUUAGAGAGGUCUAUAGACAUGCAUAUUAGCAGAGCUAGAGAGGAGGUGAGGUUCCUUGACAAACCUGCACACCAGCCCAUAGACAAGGGCGCUCGGUUUACCAACACUCAAAGAGAUGAGUUUCUCUCAUCAGGCACAAGGAUGACCUAUCCGAUGUCUUCAACCUCUGCCUCUUUAGGACAUAGACGCUCUGAUGUUGAAAGUGGCAGUAGUUCUUUGGACUGGUUGGUAAACUACAAAAGCUCAACUGCUGAUGAUUCCUCUAAAUUUUAUUCAUCAUCUGCAUCGUCAAGCUAUGCAAGUGAUGGUGAUGGUAGGUUUAACACCUCUGGUGAACGAGACCGUGAUAGGCAGUCCAUUCCAGGGUUAGGUGAUUAUGACUAUCCAGUGCAAGACAAACCUGCGGCCCCACCUGAGUCAAGUCGCCCUAAGUACACGUCUGAAUCAGCUGCCAGCAUCCUCUUGCAUUUUGGUCUUGAAAAAGAUGACUUGGAAGAUCUCAUAUCAUACCCUGAAGAACAGAUGACUCCUAGCAACCUGCCGUUCAUUUUGCGCGAUAUCCGCAUGCAGAAGGCCAAGAGAGCUGCCGCUGCAGCUGCAGCUGCAGUUCAGUCAAAAACCUAUCCUGAACCCCAGCCCACCAGAGGUGUGAGUGGGAUGGACAGUUUGAGUAGUUCUGGAGGGGCAGGGAUGUGCCAGGAGGAAAUAUCAACAGCGGUUCUCCAGCCCAGUAAAGUGAUUGACUAUGGACAUACUGGCAAAUAUGCUGGGGUUGUGGAUGAGCUUGGAAGGACCAGUGGCAGAAGAGAUAGCAGUGCUGGAAGUGGUGGUAUGAUACUGAUGGACACUUAUAGUAGCAGCCACAGUCGACAACCACUGCCAAAAGAUACGACAGAGGUGAAAAGCAGUGCCUUAGGUUCUUCACGUGACAAGGGUAGCUCUUCAUACAGUUCAAUUCCGACCUCCAUAGCUCCCCCAAGCAAUGAUCCAGCCAAACGAUUGCAGACACAACCAAACCAGAAUCUCCAACCAAUCCUCAGCUCUUUCUCUCUGCCAAACAAAGACACAGACAUAAGAGUCUUUAAGUCUGAAGCCUCCAAACCCCUUCCUCUGAAAGAACCAGAGACAGAUCGGCAGUCAGCAUCAAAAAUCCAACCAUCCUGCAAUGUCUUUCACGGCGUGCAUCCUGGCCGACCUGGUCUUGUGCUCAUUGGCAGCAGUGGCGCCAGUGGCACCAAGGAUCAGAGUAAAAUUCAUGGACAAGGCUUGCAGCAGCAGAAGCAGCAGACCCAGGGCCAGCAGAAGCAGCAGAUGCAGCAAAAGCAGCAUGCACAGGGGCAGCAGAAGCAGCAGAUGCAGCAAAAGCAGCAUGCACAGGGGCAGCAGAAGCAGCAGACACAGCAGAAACAGACACAACAGCAACAGCAGCAGCAGAAGCAGCAGCAGCAGCAGACGCAGAAGCAGCAGCAGCCAAUAUCACAAAUGGGGCAAUCGUUGUGGCCUCCAGUUUUUUCUCCUGUGCAGCCAGUUCCUCCUGCUACAGUCAUUCCCAGCAACGCAGAUGCCUCACGGGCCCUGCAACGGUCUGCGUUUUUGCCCAGUGAUCCUCGCCCCAUCGUUAUUCCUCCAACUCCACUCCAGGCAAUCCUGAACCCGGUGAACUAUAUUCAGUCGCUGAUGACUUCCAACAGGCAGCAGCCAGCAAACCAAUAUGCCUCCAAGGUGCCAACAGCGGCCAUGAUGCACGACUAUGCAGCAGCUUCACCGAGAGUCUUUCCACAUACCUGUUCUCUGUGUCACACAGAAUGCACUCAUAUGAAGGAUUGGAUCUCCCAUCAGAACACCACCCUUCACCUUGAGAACUGCAAAGUCCUCCGGUCCAAAUACCCAGAAUGGGAUGGUGAGAUAACACUUGGGCCCAGUGCCACAGGGAAAGAUGCUAAGCCAGUGGCCUCAACCUCCUCAACCCCUGCCCAGACCUCCCAACAUCGUCACCAGAAAGCGAGGCAUGGAAGCCGCUCUCGUUCCCGUUCACCCAGCCCCCGAAGGCACCGUGGCUCAGACAGUAGAAGAGAGAGACGCAGUCGAUCACGAUCACCACACAGCUCCAGAUAUUCUCGCAGUUCCCGGUCUCGUUCUCGCUCUCCACGGUAUGACCGUCCUACGUCCUCCCGCUAUCGGUCACGUUCGAGGAGCUAUGAGCGACGAUCGUCACCGAGGAGGAGAAGUAGCGAAGACAGGCGAUCAUCUCCGCGAAGGAGCAACGAGCGACGAUAUUCACCAAGAAGGAGGAGUGAAGAGAGGCGAUCAUCACCCAGGAGGAGGAGUAAUGACGAUAGAUGGUCGUCCCCAAGACGGAGCCGCGAAAGAAGAUCAUCACCAAGGAGGAGGAGCGAAGAGAGGCGAUCAUCACCAAGAAGGAGCCGUGAAAGCCGAUCGUCCUCCGAGAGGUCGCCCCCUCAUCGGACGAGAUCAAGCAGUGCAGAGAGACUGGCCAAGAAACUACUUAAAAAAACAGCUGUCCAAUCUCUGUCAAAAGACUCUGACCUGGAGGCUGUGGUUAAAACUCUUGCUCCUGCCUUAUUGGCUGAGCUAGCCAAGAUGAAGUCUUCCUCAUCAUCAUCAUCCUCUUCGUUGCCCAAAGGAGGGAAGCACUCAAAAUCUUCUCCUACUGCAGGGGGGAAGAGCUCAUCCUCUGCUGCAUCUUCGUCGUCAUCAUCAUCCUCCUCAGCAGCAAAGAAGAAGGAGUCGACAACAGCUUCCUCUAAAGCAAAGCCCAGCUUGCAGAAGAGCGAGGCAAGUGCUCCUACAAAGACUAAGUUGGGUAAAGCUUCAGCUCCAACCAUUGUGAAGCUGGAAGGGAUUUCUAAUUCCCUCUCUCACAGCGAUGUGGUCACUGCGGUGGAGAACUUUGGAAAAACAAAAUCGGUCGUUCUGUUUCGGUCCAAACUCGAGGCAAUCGUGUGUUUUGAGAAAGAGGAAGAUGCUAAGAAGCUGAAGAGUGUGAAGGGCCUCGACAUUAAAGAAGUGUUUGUCACUGUUGCCAGAGAAAAGAAUAUUGUUUCUAAGGAGCAAAAGAAGACUCCUCAGAAUAAAGCAUCCGUUUCCGAUGAUGCCACACCUCAAACUGCUAAAUCCACAACCACCACUGAAAAGAGCGCUGUGCCUACAUCUUCACCCUCUGAGGCCAAAAAAACAGUCAAACCGAAAACUGCUUUGAAAGGUGCAGUGAAAGGCUCAGCAAGUGUCACUAAAGCGAAAGCCUUGGUUUCCAAAGCACAAAAUGUCUCAACGGAGCAGACAGCCAAAACAGAUAAAUCUGUGCAGCAGGAAGAGACAGCCGUGGUUGAAAAAUCUGCAGAUGUGGCUGUUGCUAAACCAACUCAAGGGUCAGAAAGUGGUACAGAAGCAAAGGUCUCUGCGACCAAAGUGGAAACAACCUCAACCUCACAGGAACCUAAAACACCAGAGGACAAUGUGACUGCAGAAGGAGCUAUGACAGAAGUAAAGGUGGAAGAAGCCAAAUCUGCGGCUUCAGAAACUCUCCCUGAUGUAGAGACUAAAGAAUUAGAAACAAAGGUUGAGGAAUCUGUGGUGGCGCUGGAAGAUGCAGCCAAUGUUGUUGAAACAGGAAAUGCAACAGAACCUGCCAAAGUUGAUGUUGAGGCAAAAGAGGCCAAAGACCUUGAAGCAAUGGAGCUUGGGGAAACAAGACUUGAAGUGGAGGAACCUAUGGAAGUUGAAAGUUGUGUUGAGGCCAAACAGGAGAUCUUGACAGUUGCAGAGGCUGUGCCAGAAAAAUCCAGUGAGAGUCAACCAACCACCAGUACAGAUGAGACCACACCAGAUUUGUUUCUGCCUGAACCUCAAACUGUUCCACCUCAGACCACAGACAGAGUACCUAAACCUGCAGAGAUCAACACUCAGAUUGCCCUUAACACUCCAGAAACCUCUGUCGAAACAUCAUCACAGGUCCAGGAAAGCACCCAGCCAGAACCAGAGUCCACUGUACAAGGGCUGGAGACGAAGACAGACCAACAGCAGGCUACAUUGAGCUCAGCUGAAGCUGCUUUAGAGGCAAAGACGAAUGCCGAAGGGGUGGAGACAAAAACAACACAGAACGAUCCUGUGCCCGCUGCGAAGACCCAGAAGGAUCCAGCAUCGGCCGAGGACGCCUGCAAAGCUGUCAGCAACAUUUCAGCCGCGUCGACUGUAAAAACUGAGCCAACACCUGCAGCAGCGAGCGAGCAGCAACCAGCAACAACCUUGUCCUCCUCAGCUGCAGUCACAUCUCUGACUAUCGGGGAGAUGGUAGAAAAGCAUCUGAAUCAGAAGAAAAUCACAUGCCUCAGCCAUUCAACCUGCUUCUCACCAAAAUUCUUUUCACUUGAUAAGAAGUUGUUGUUAAUAACCAACCUCCCGAAGUAUUACGAAGGCUGCUACACAGAGGCAGACAUCGCCAAGCUGCUCACUCCGUAUGGAUUUAAAUACGAAAAUGACAACAUCUACGUUAUCCCUCAGACAGGCAUGGUUUUUGCUUUGAUGCCGACGGCAGCCAAUGUGCACAACAUUCUGAGUGCCACCAGGAAGAAUCGCUUCAUUAUCAAAAAGUCCAGACUGAGGUUGAGUGUGGUGGACGGCGGCAUAACUAUGACACCGCUUGGGUUUUAUAAAUCACUGAUGAAGCGGAUGAAUUCUCCGGUCCUUGAUGAUGGAGAGAGAACAAGUCUACAUCAAGAACAUUUCACCACAGGAGGCCAGAGACCUCAGGGAAGCUUUGAGAAAAAUCGAUUUUGUCAGAAACUACCUGCCACUCCUGUAUUUAUCGAGUUUGAGUCCAUCCGUGACGCUGAUCGGCUCGGAGUCUGGUACAGCCUCCUGAAACAGCCUCCUCGCCACAGAGUCCACAGGCUGAAAACACCACACAGCGGCUGCACUUCACUGCCACCAAGACUCGCAGCAAACGCCAUGCCGGACAGCAAGGACGUUGUUGCUGGGGCAACUGUCCCGACUACAAAUUUUGGCGUUCCACAGGGCAGCAUUUCACCGUUUUGGGUCACGUUGACAGCUCCUCCCUUUUUGUUCCCCACCAUGUCUCCUUGGUUCAUCAUCCCAGAUUAUCAGACAGUCAGAGGAAACAGCGACAUUACGAAGGAAACUACAGGCAUGAGGACGUCGGCCAGGCUGGUCUGGCCUUAUUUCUCCAGACAAAAUCUCCGCUCCCUGUACUACAACGUGACAGUCCUGACACUGCAGAGGAGGGCCUUCGUGCAUUUCACCGAUUGGACUUCGUGCUGCAAUUUCGUCCGAGAUCACCUCAAAAAUCCGGUUUGUGUCGGAGGCUGCGAACUCAAAGUCCACUUUGUCUUACAGCACAUGUAUCCUGAAUCAGAAGAGGAGCUCAUGUAUAAAACUCUGAUGAAAUGGAGCAACGCUUGCGUUCCUGAUCUAGAGUCUCUGGAGAAGCGGUUACUCUGUGUGGAGAUCUCUGAGACGACUGUGGCUGUUGUAAGGAUGGUCAUGGAAGUCGUGGCGUCCAUCGCCUCGUUUGUCAGCUUCCUGCCACUCGCCAACAGGAUAUGCGUGGAGAUGGCUGACCCCAGUGGUGUAACACAGGUGGUGGAGAAGUACAAAACUUUCACACCAGACACUGCAUUCAAGGUCGCAACUUGGUGUAAAGUUCAGCGUUUUGAAUCGUUGAAGAGCCUAAAACAGCGGCUUGAAGGCUCCAGUGAGAUCACAAUAAAACUCGACACCAUCAAUGUUGAACCCAACUCCUCAUCACAGCCACCUCCUUCAAAACCUUCUGAUAAUGGGUCGCAAUCUGCUCUGCAAACCAGUACCCCUGCUUGUGGAUCCGUCACAGCAGGACCAAGUGGUGAAGUAGCAAUGGAGGAGGAUGGUGAGAAACUGGGAGCUGAGAUUGCCGUGGACUCUGCUAUUGCUCCUAAGGUAAAUGAAAAUGUAGAGAAAGCAGAAGUUAAGAGGGCAGAGGGCUCCACUACAACUAUAGACGCUGCCGCUGGAGGAAACCGGGUCAGUCCUGCACUCACAGCUCCAAGUCUGGUCACGUCUGAAGAGAGCAUCACAGAACUUCCUCGUAUUGACCAGGACAUAUUCAAGGCCCUUACAGCAGCAGUUCGCCAGCACAGACUUACCCGAGAAGGCAGGACACACAGCGAGGAGAGAGAGAGCCCCAGCAAAAGCAGUACAAGCUGUAGAAGUGGAGAGGACAAAGACACACCACAAGAGAAGGAUCAGGAUGAUUUUACAGAUGACAUUGUUUCUUCAGAGGCCUUCCUUUUUGACGAGCAAGAUUUCAACAUGGAGGACUUUGUCACUGUUGAUGAAGUCGGCGAUGACGUGGGAGACUCAAGCCCCGAACACCAUUCCUCCCCCUCUGCCAUGCAGUCCUCCAUAGGGGAAAAUGAUACAGAUACAUCAUCUGCUGCCAAACAGACCACAAUAUCCUCCUCAUCCAAGUCGACUAAAGAGUCGUCAAAGAGCAGCUCCUCCUCUCACUCUACCUUUGUGUCACCAAAAAAACCCAAGGACUCAUCUGAGCCAACCAAGUCCCCAGCCAAACCUUCAUCCUCUGCCAGUCUUAGUAAGAGCUCUGCCUCCUUUUCUUCUGCUGAGACCUCCUCCUCCUCUGGUCACAAAGCACAACAGAGCAAGACAAAAUCAUCAGCCAAAGCCUCUAAUAGUUCAUCCUCGAGUUGUAGGACCCGGUCGUCCUCUACUGCACGUGAAAGGGAAAAGAUGGUAGCAGCGGGAGCUGCUGAGGCAUCAAAAGAGACUCAUCCUAAAUCACAGAGAGAAGAAGCAAAAGCCACAGAGAGUGCAGUGACAAAGUCUGACCACAAAGUGUCAGCAGAGGGCGUUGCUGUAAAAACUGUUGAGUCAGAGACAAAAAUAGAAACAUCAUCAGAGAUGCAUCCACCUGCACAGGGACAGGGGUUAGAGUUGAGUCAAGCCCAGAAUCUGCAGACUGAUUCAAAGGACAACACAUCCAAAGAUCUGAAGGAAAGUAAAGAGAAAAGAAAAGAAGAUGAUGUUGACAAACAUACAGAGGAGGAGGACGAGGAUGACUGUGAAAAUUUCCAGGUCCUUGAUUCACUUGAUGACCAAACAGAAGAACAGAUGGAUGAUGGGGAUCAAGUAAGCAGCACUGAAACUCGGCUACCUGAACCUGAGAAAGGACAGAGUUUGCAUGAAGAAACCUUUAAGGUCUUGGACAGUGUCAACGAUGAAGGCAAAGUGUACCCUGAGGAGUGCAGUGAAAAAGAAAUGGGCAUUUCUCUCCAAGUGGUAGAAAGCGCUACCGACAACCAAGCAGUUACAAGUGAGGAGGACAGUCGACUGGUUGAAGACGACGGUUCCACGGUAAAGCAGCCGGAAGGAAGAUGGAUUCAAGUAGUCAACAAAUCUGAUGAUAAAUCUGCAGCUGAAGGCACAGUUAAUGAAAAUCAAGCAGCAAAUAACGAAGAUAAAAUCCAAGUGUUAGAUACAAAUAGCAAACUAGCUCCAGGGGGCAAAGGAGAUGGAAACAAGAGAAAAGGAAAAGAAGAACCUCUUGAAGUUGGUGGCAAUAAAGACACUUUACAAGACCUUGACAGUGAUGUUACUGAACAAGACACCUUUGAGAUAUUGGAUUCAAUUGACGAUCAGACAGCAAUGGAAGAUCACAGCCAAAGGCUAAAGUGUGAGGCUGACCACAAGGAAAAGAGAACCAAGAAAGUGGAGGCAACUGCUCGAAAAGAUGAGAGAUCAUCAAAGAGGAGUAGCCCCAGGACCAGAGCAUCCAAAACUGAAGAGAAAAAAACACAAACAAAGACAGACUCCACUGCAGGAGCUUCUGGAAAAGACAAGGAGAACGAAGAGGUCUCUGAGGAGAUGGUGUAUGAAGUAGUAGAUUCUGUUGAAGAUGAACUGGUUAAAGAUGCAGCUGCCUCAGAAAGGUCUGGUAGGAGGAGGAGUGCAAGGGGAAAGAAAGAGGACAAAAUGACAUUGAAUCUAACUGAAGUAUCUGAAAAACCAGAUAGAGGUGAGGAAGCUUCAUAUGAAAUUUUAGACUCUGUGGAGGACGAGACUACCACAGAAGAACCGACUGUUACGACAAGAUCUACUAGAGGAAGAAGGGAAAGAACAACAAAGAAAGAGGCUUUGAAUGAGAAAACAAAAAAAGAAGACACGCCAACAAGAAGGAAGCACACUCCUGCCGGAGAAUCGGGGGAAAAGAAAGAGGAGAAAGCACCUCCAAAAGAGAGCACACCAACAAAGAAGAGUGACACUGCAAGAGAGGUCAGUGAAGAGGAUGCUACCUAUGAAAUAUUAGAUUCUGUAGAGGAUGAGGUUGUUAAAGAUGAACGGCCUACUCCAGGAGGAAAAGGAAAAAGGGGAAGACCAAGGAAAGAGGUUAAAACAACUAAAAAAGACACCGCAACACUGAAGAAGGGUGAUAAAGACGCAUCUGAAAAAGUAACUGAUGAAGAAGAGGUGACAUAUCAGAUCCUUGAUUCCGUGGAGGAUGAGAUAGUUGACGUUCACCCCCCCACAGAACAGUCCAAGACCUUUUCUAAAAACAGGGACAAGCAGACAAAGAAAUCUCUCACAGGAUCACCCAGAAAUGAAGAGGAAGAAGAGGAGCCAGUGUAUCAGAUUGUUGAUUCUUUGGAAGAUGAUCAAGUUCAGGAAGAGCCACUGACCACAGAGGUGUCCAGUAGGGGGACAAAGGAAAGAAGUAAGACAAGAGAUGAAACUUGUCCAAAAGAGGAGGCAUCAGCUGUAAAAGAAGACAAACAAACAUGUAGUACUCCUAUUGUGGAAGCGUCUGAAAAAAUAGUUGUGAAGGAAGAGAGUCUGUGUCAGAUGGUUGACGAAGAGUCUGGUAGGGGAAAGAAGGAAAGAACACCAAAAACGGACGUUAAGAAAGAGGGCAGAUCAACAGCCAAGCCCCGAAGUGACACUACAACACCAACAGAGGGGAAGAAGAAAAAUGACACGAAGGCUGCAACAAGCGCUCUGGUGAACCUGGAUGAAGUGAGCGAAGAGGAGGAGGAUUACCCUGACGACACAGCCGAGGAGGAAGAAGUGAGGAAGAGGCAGGCUGUAGCUAAAGAGAAGCAGCUCGCCAAGGAGCGGGAAGACAGGAGGACCAGGGAGAAGGAAGACAGGAGGACCAGGGAGAAAGAAGAUGGGGAGAGGGAGCGAAGUAGCCGGAGUAGCAGCAGCAGCAGCAGAGGAGGUACGAGGAAGGUGAAGGAGAGGGGAAGGGAAAAGGAGGAGAGGGAAGAGGUCGACGCCAAGGAGCUGGUGACCCUGGAUGAGGUGGGAGCAGAUGAGGCCGGAGAGGAAAGAACGGCACAGGGUCAAGAGUGGGAUGGGGAGAUAACGGAGGGGGAGCUGCAGACACUCGUCACCCUGGACGAAAUCAUAGAAGAGGAGGAGGAGGGAAAGGUUGAGCAAACCACGCCAGAAGCCCAUCCAGCCAGCAAGGACGAAGAAUCCAUGGACUCCUUAAACCCAGAGACUUUGGUGACUUUAGAUGAAGCAGGUGAUGAUGAGGAAGAGAAAGCAGACGAAGCUGAGAAGACCUCAAGAUCUGCUAAACGCAAACAGGAUGAUGAUACAGAGGACAGUAUGAACUUUGUGACGGUAGACGAGGUGGGAGAGGUUGAAGAGGAGGAAGAAGAAAAGGAAACUACCAAGACAAGAGGCCGAGCCAAGAAGAGAACCAGACAGACCCCUGUGAGAAAAUCUACCAGAGGGAAAAAAGCUGAGAGAGAAGAAGAGAAGGAACCGGCUGAUUCUGACGGACCACCUCCCACCUCACUCGAUCCAUCGACAUCGUCAAGCAGCAGCCAGCAGGAGAUCCAGAAGGCAGAGGUGGAAGAAGCGAGCUGUGCUGACAUUGAUGCCUCCUCUGCUGGGCAGGACCUGCAGCCUGAGCACCCUGAGGACCAGAGUCUGGAGAGAUGUGUGGAGGAAGGAGAGGAGAGCAGGGUGGACAUUAAAGUCAUGAGUAAAAGGAGGAGGGAGCUCAUCGAACCCGAAGCAAAGAGAUCUCGUUCUCAGUCUCCUUGUGUUGCUGCUGACUUCAAACUGCCGCCGUUCAACCCCAGCAACCCCCUUGGUCAGGAGUUUGUGGUUCCUAAAUCGGGGUAUUUCUGUAACCUCUGCUCUGUUUUCUACCUGAACGAGAGCACAGCCAAGGACCUCCACUGCAGCAGCCAGAGACACUACGACAACCUGCAGAAACAUUACCAGAAGCUGCGACAGAAAUCAUUGAGAAGUUCAACACUGAGUUCUCAAGGCUCCGUUUCUGAUUGAUCCAGACUUCAGCUUCUGAUCUUCUUUUAUUUAUUUUUUAAAAUAAAAAUGUGACAAAGGUAAAGAGCUGGACAGUCUGCAGGCACUGUGGCUUAGAAAAUGAACUAAUCACUGUCUGUCAGUGUUGUGGAUUUUACAUCUACCUUGAUACUUAAAUAUUACAGAUACAUAAAUAUUUUAGCAUGGAUUGUCCAGUUUGGAUUAAAACUCCGUCCAGCUGCACAGUUUUGGUGCCUUGCUCUGUCGACAGUCGCACACUUUCUUUUCAUUUGUUGUGUCCCGGAAAAAAGCAGGAAGAAGAAGGCGAGUUUAAUCACGGAGUCUGUUACUGUUACUGUUCAGUCUGGAAAGGUGCUUCAUGUAUUAUUUUGGUCAUGAACUCGCUGAACAGUAGUGGGAGGAAAUGGGUUAUUAUGUGUCUUAUUCCUGUGUCAGAUGGUUUUGGGUGGAAAGCUGCUCAGAUACAGUAGGUAGUGAAAGGACCGGGAAAAUAAAUCACUUUAAUCGUGUUUAUACAUUUUGUGUAAAGAUGGAAGAACAGGAAGCAGAGGGAUCGAUCUGUCGAUCAAUCGUCUUUAACUUGGUCUCACUUACAGUAGAUACACAGGUGUUUAUCACGUGCUCAACGCAACGUGUAGCACCUUUUCAAGGAUGAAAUGUUACUCUGGGUGUCAAUGAAUCCUAGAAUUAAAGCUUGGAUACAUGUUAACAACCACUGCAGCUUUAUUAACCAGCGUAGUGCAACGCUUGAAUUUGUAAACAGUAUUCAGUUGUUUUCUUCAGUUAAUUUAACAUAGCAAGGGUUCAAAUCGUGAGUUUAUGAGAGAAGUAUAAUUUUGUCUCUCACAGAGAACGUGAUCAUUUUGUAUUUUAUGUGAACAAUAGCUAACUUGUAAAAGUCACCACAAAUCAUACAGAUUACAUUAUGGGAUGUUUUUUUUGUCUUUCCUUCUUUUUCUUUCUGCCUAAAAUGGCACCUUUCAUUUUCACAAAAUCAGCUGAGAAUUACUCAAAACGCAGUUUCUUCACAUGCAGGUGGACUGACAUUUUCACUCUGUAGCUGUAUUUACAGUCUGUCAUUACUAGUAAAUUAUGAUUGAUCUAAUAAGAAAAUCUGAUCAUUUUGAUGAGUAAUUACACCUGCUGUUUAAUCAAAAUCCUCAACAGUCGCUGAUAGAAGCUGGCACAGUUUACUGGACUCAUUAAAUCCUGUGUGGCGUGAGGUCAGGGUUUAGACUGACGUGCUUACUCUUGGGCAUUUGGUGCUGUUUCUUUACACAAGGGUCCAACAUGUUGAUUUAUUUCUGUUGUGCAGUUUGCUUUGUUCUGUUUCUACAAGAUACUGAAUAAAACUUGAGUGUCUCACAUGA